UAAUUCUAACCUUCAAAUCCGGCAAGCAGUUAUCCAAAUGUCAACAAGCCGCAUAUAAAUAAUUGAUUUCCAGUAAAAAAAUAAUAAAAAUAUAGAAAUACGAGUUAUCACAGUUAAACGGUUUCAAUUCCGGGACCGUAAACUCGAAUUUUUGCGUGUGUAUAAACCUAAUUAAUCAUUUGUUUGAAGAUUUUCACUUUAACAAGAGGAUAUGGCUCAAGGACGAGAUCAUUCUGGAGGUAUGAAGAAGAAGCGCAGCCGUUUCCACAAUAAGGGUUCCGUGAACCUCGGAGACAUGGGCAAAGAAGUUCUCGAGAAGCUCGACGAGAACAGCCAAGUCGUGAAACAAUUUCGCGGAUACGCCGCCGAGCUGGACGACAAACACGACCGGUUCGAAAGGAUCGUCAAGGUCAGCCGGGACAUCACCAUCGAGAGCAAACGAAUAAUUUUCCUACUCCACACUCUCGACAAAAAAGAAAAGCAGGAAAGCGUCCUGACCGACGCCGGAAAUCGACUCCAAAACGUCUGCAAGAAUUCUUUCAGAAGCAUCGCCAAGGAACUCCACGGACACGAUGUCUAUCAGUAUAUCCGCGCCUACAAACCCGGAGUUCAGGAAUUCGUCGAGGCUAUCACUUUCCACCAAUACUUGCAAAGCAAAAGUCUUCAAAGUUGGCGAGAGAUCGAGAAAUCGUUUAAUUACACCUUGGUAGAAAAUGCGAAAAGCUCCAGUGGGGCGAAAAUUCCGGCCGAUCAGGAAAUAAAAAGUGCCUGCAAUCAAGAGACAAAAACUCUGAAUGACGAGAAGAAAAGUAUCAGAACGCCUCUGAUUCCUCACGAUUAUAUUAUGGGAAUUGCUGAUCUGACCGGAGAAUUAAUGCGCAAGUGUAUUAAUAAUCUCGCUUCCGGAAAUAUCGCAGGUUGCUUUGAAACUUGCGCUUUCGUCAGAAGUAUGUACCGAGGCUUUCUGGGCUGUGCGGGAGUUUCCGGGAAGGAAAUCAACCGGAAACUUUACACGUUGAAGCAGAGCUUGAGUAAAAUUGAAAAUGUUUGCUACACUAUUAAAAUUCGAGGAUCGGAAAUUCCGAAACACAUGCUCGCCACGGUCGCGAUUGCAGACGCGGAAGAAAAUGCGGUCGACGAUGACGAGGGAUAUCAACAUUACUGAGGAAAUUGAAGCCAAAGGUUCCACGGUACAUUAAAAAAAAAAAAAAGAUUCUAUUUAAUUAAACAUUAAAAUUAAGAUCCUAAUUUGUAUAGAAGAGGAAUAUUUUUAUUUUUAUAAGGAUUCCUAGGAAUUUAUGUAAUAAUUUAUGGUAGUAUUUAAUAAUUUAGAUUCUACUUUGUCGUUUUUUUGCAAACGAAAAAUGCUUUCUUUCUAAAUAUUAUAUUCUCGAGGGAUUAAAAAUCAUUUAUAGAGAUCGAUUUAGGUUUUGGAUAGGAGGUUUAGUUGCAGAUAUUCUGUAGAGGGAAAUAUAUUCGAAAGAGAACAUUGUUUAUGUUGACCGAAUUUUGUAUUAUCAAUAAAUUAGAAGUUUCAUUUA